CAGCAGACGCAGCAGAGUCCUGCGAGCAGCAGCAGCAGCAGCAGCAGCGGGAAGCAUCGGACCAGACCUCCCCAGCAACGGAGAGCGAAGCGUCAGGGGGGUCAGCUGCGUCCUCUGCAUGCGCUGCAGCAGCAGCAGCAGACCCGCCGGCAGCCGCAGACGCAGCAGCAAAGGAAGACCCAGCAACAGCAGCAGCAGCAGCAGCAGCAGGGGAGCCCAAGGCGUCUGAGGAAGGUGCAGCAGCAUCUCCUGAAGCAGCAAAAGAGGAAGCCCCAAAGCCUAGACUUGGAAAGCAUUACAGGCAGAUCACGCGGGAGGCGCUUGUGUCUGCUGCGGAGGGCCCUGAGUUUGUGUCUGCUGUUGACGAGACGCAAACUGUUUGGAUUUCAAACAUUGACUCUUCUGUGUCAGAGCAGCAGCUGCAGCAGCUCAUCAACAGCCUCACGCAAGGGCUCACCCAGCUGCGGCUUGUGCGGGACUUCCGGGGGAUUUCGAAGGGCUUUGCGUACGCGGACUUCGGGUCUGCUGCUGCUGCUGCUGCUGCUGCUGCUGCGCUGCACGGGCAGCAGCUAAACGAGCGCCCCCUGAAGGCGCUGCGCUCGCAGCCAACUAAAAGGGUUUAUGAAGACAAAACCCUUUUUAUUAGCUGCCUCCCCAAAAGAGGCCUCACAGAAGCAGCAGCUAAAGAUUUGCUGCUGCACUCCCUCGGCUUCCGCGGAGUUGCUGCUGUCCGCCUCGUCAGGGGCCCUGACAGCAGCGACGAAAACAAGGGGUACGGCUACGUGGACUUCGAAUCUCAUGAGGCAGCAGUUGCUGCCUUGCGACGUUUCCAUCAAGCGCAGCAGCAGCAGCAGCAGCAGCAGCAGCAGGACCACGAGCAGCCUGGUGGAGAAGAGGCGGCUCAAGAACACUGCAGCAGAGCAGCAGGCAGAAGCAGGAGUUUUAUUUGUAAAGAAUUUAAAUUUCAACACAGACGAAGAAGCUCUUGCUGCUCACUUUGCCCCAGUUGUGGGCCACCCCGAAGAGACCGUCAUCUGCAGGUUUGCUGCUGCUGCUGCUGCUGCUGCUGCUGCUGCUUCGGGUGGGCAGGGGCGGAAUGGGCCGCGGCUGCUGCAGCUGCUGCUACUGGGCAAAGGAAGGAUUUGACUCUGUUGCUGCUGCGGGUGCUGCUGCUGGGGCACAAAACUGAAUAA